AUGUCAAAUAAUGACGAUUCUGAAGGUUACUCGACACCUUCACAUGAAGAAGAGUCCUUAUCUUCGAGAGCAUCAAUAAAUGAACAUAGUUAUCGACAAACAGGACAACAUGAUCUUAAUCUUUCACCAGAUGGACAAUUCGUCACUCCACCAGAUCAGUAUGAAGAAAUUCCUUUUAAUAGGUUCAGCGAAGAGGAUAAUCCUUAUUUCUUGGAUGAUGAGCUAACAAGCAAUAGACGGAUCACAGAAUUACAAAAAACGUUGGAUAAAAUGCAGGCAUCAAUCCCUCGUCGUAUUAAUGAAAUUGAAAAAGCACUCGAACGAUUGCAAGCCGAAAUUUCGGCUUCACAUGAAAGAAUAGAAGGUUUAAGGAGAGAAUUAAUAGAGCGUGAAAAGAGAAGACGAAAAAGAAGUUGGAGUUGGCUGUUUUGG